GUAGGGGAUACUUGUCAAAACUUUAGUGCGAAUGAAUUUCUGAGUUUUCACUAAAAAGAAAAACAACAUUUUGUGGGAAGAAAAGGCUCUUUGCUGAGGUCUGAGGUGCAAAAGACGUGAGAAUGUGGUAAAAAAAGUGGGGUAUUGUUGAAAAGAGUGCAAGGCCUAAAAUUGUCUUGUGGAAAAUGCUGGAGAAUCAUUGUGGGCAGUGAGAAUUGUACGGAUGAGGAUUCCUGAAGUGCAAGUUAAAGAAUUUAUAGUUGGUGUUCAACAAUGAGUACUGCGGGGAGGGUGGUUGUGGGGCAAAUUGUCGGAUGGUGCAUCCUCCUCCAGAUUCUGUGGGUGUCCAAUGCUACCCACUUGACGGGAACAUUUGAUCCCUCAAAGGACUUCUUCAAAUUCCUCAUCAAGUUUGGCUUCCAGAAGACCGAAAGGCACAGUCAGAGGGAUUCCUAUGGCUACAUCUAUGGGAAUAUCACAGCCAAGGAUAGCUAUUUCCCUGUCAAUCUCACCCUAGCUGUGCUGGACAAGUACACCUUCCUCGAUGGUUUCUAUGGGAAUCGUACGCUUCAGGAUCGCGAAGCUGCGUGCCAGAGGAUGUUUGGGACACUCGAUCGGAUUGCCUACAAUGCUCAAUGCAAUCCACAUGCCAAAGUGGACUACCUGCGACAGAUCCCAUGCCGGCGAGGGCAGCUGUGCUGGGAUGAGGAUAGCCCAUCGAAUGUGGUGUCCGGAAGUCAAUUUACCUACGUCAUCAGCGACCUCAUGCAACCCAGAUUCUGGUACGUCUCCCUUGUGGCGUGCUACAGGAAUACAACAACAUGCCGAUGGCAUCACUAUGAUCCAAGGAAGUUUGAUCAUGCCCCAGAAAUUUCCUAUGACAUUCGUCUUGUCAAUGGGAAUCCCAAUCAAUCGGCCUACAUUCCGCUCACAUUGCACUUUAGCUUCGAUCGGCAGAACACACUGGAGAUGUACCUUAGUUUCUUCGUGGUGUACCUUGUACUUGUUCCCAUGCAGGUGCAUGCAAUGCGAAGACAAAAUCAUCCCGUGACGCGUCUUUUCACGGCGAGUCUCUUCUUGGAAUUCAUCAGUUUAUGUCUCAUUCUUGUGCACAUGAUUAGAUUUGCAAUGAAUGGUGUGGGGAAUGAGAAUUUUGCCACAGCUGGAGAAAUUCUGGAUAUCUUUAGUCGGACACUUUUCAUGCUGAUCCUGCUUCUCCUUGCUAAAGGAUGGGCGGUGACGCGUCAGCAAAUCAGCCGUACAGGAUGGAUAAUCCUCAUGACCAUCUGGAUACCCUACUGUGCUCUUAAUGUAAUGCUGUACGUGUGGAAUCGCACCGAAGUUGACAUAAUUUCGGACAUUGAUGAGUAUCAGACGUGGCCCGGAUGGAUUGUCCUUGUGUGUCGAUCGUGUAUAAUGCUGUGGUUCCUGUGGGAGUUACGUAGUACAAUGCGCUACGAGCAUUCCACGAAGAAAUUGGACUUUCUACUUCAUUUUGGAGCAUCGAGUCUCGUGUGGUUCAUCUAUUUGCCCGUUGUGGCACUUGUGGCACUCCAAGUUAGCCCCCUUUGGAGGUAUAAACUCCUCCUUGGUAUCACAAAUUCCGCCGAUUGUCUCGCUUUUUGCGUUAUGACGGGAUUACUGUGGCCCAACAGAGCGGGGCAGUAUCUUCUCCUUGCGGGGAAUUUUUCCGGCAUGGAUGAGCUCGAUGAGUUCAAUGAGGCUCCUCAUAUUGUUCACGGGGAAACUUUCUUGCCCACCAAUCCGCCUGAGAGCAUUCAAGGGGAGAGCGUGAGCGAUAGUGGCGUUGAUACGCAUCUGGCGGUAGAUUUGGAGAAUGGAAGUAUGCCCGUGGAUGGGUAUGAGCAUGUUUCCCUUGCCAAUGGUGACGUGAGUACGGAUCUUCUCAGUGGGGAUGACAUUAUGCGACCCCCUGAGAGUCGUGUGUUGCGUCUCAAUGGUGAUGCCAUCCGAUUGCAUCGCAACGGCACCCGAAUGGCUUAAAGAAGAACAAUGAUCCUAGAAUUUCUCCUAGACUUGAUCCUGGAAGCCAGAAACUCACAGACUGAAUAUUUAUAAAAAUACUUUCCGUAACUUUUCCUUUCAUCUCUUCCCUCCCCCUCUUUUCCCAAUGAGAUUUAUUUUUAACAUUAUCACUGAAUAAUUUGAGAUGUUGCUUAAAAAAAAACUUCCAGUCUGUGAGUAAUUUUUCUUUUAGUUAAUCCCGCGCAAAUUGUUUAUAAUAUAUAUUUUUUUAUUUAAAAAAUCUUCGUUUAAUCCUUUCGAAUUAGGAGUUGAACAAAGAAGAAUUUUUUUUAUUAUUAUUAUUUUCAUUCUCUAUAAAUAGUUAAUAUUUAUCAUGUAGAUAAUAAGAUUUAUAAACUAAAAAAGUAUUUCCAUUGGCCAAAAUCUCCUUCAUUCCGAAGGAGAGUAUGUUGACAAAAAAAUAAAUAAAUAAAACAAGAAGAUCGCUGGAGAUCAUGUGAUUUUCGCAUA